UGCAUUGGCUCAUGUGAGUGACAUUCAGGGCUUAACCCUUGCGCUGCCAGAGAGGACCGCAACGCAUUGAUGGGAAGUGCCCUGAUUUCCUCUUUUUCCAGCCAGGAUGACUAAAAACCCACUAGCAAUAUAUUGAAAUCCGCUAUCGCACUGAAGAGGUUAUCCGUUAAAUACUAUUAGGGAACAAGAGAGGCAUUUAGAGCCACUCUCUUUGGCAGCCAACAUGUUAAAUGUGUGGGCACAGCAGUUAGAAACCAUUGCAGUCCUUUCCGGCAGCCAAAGGGUUAAUCUCGUGCUGGACCAGGAGCCAAGUCCAGUUAUGGAGAGAGGUUUCCCUUCUCCCUCCCUUUCUUUACUCGCUUCCUCCUCCCGUAGUCCUAGUCCUUGUUACUUGCAUCACCGACAGGGCUCUCUCUGCUAUAAAUAGAAUGACGUCAGAGACUGGGCCAGCAUUCCAGAACGCCCUCUCUGCUAUAUAAAGAGGUGAUGCAACUCCGUGCGAGAUAGUGACCGUGAGAUAGUGAGUGGCCGGCGGGUGAGAGCAGCAGCAGCUCAUACACACACAGGGCAGCCGGCAGCUCACUCAUCUGGACUUUUUUCUUGUUGCCACUGUUGGACCACUGCUCCCUUCAGCUAAAGAGCAGGGCAUCACCAAACCGACAAGAAAAUGAUGCUGCAACACCCAGGACAAGGAUCCGCUGCUGAAGUCAGCGCGACUGCGAUUGUCCCGUGUCUGUCACCUACAAUGACAUUUGGUUUUGAAGAUCUUACCAACUUAUCUCCUCUUGUUAAAGAAGAAUUAAGAUUUGCCAUUCAGAAUAAACGUCUUGCCAACAGACCACCCUGCUCGCUGGACAAUGUAAUUGUUUCUGAGGGGCCCAUAGAAAUGACCUACCCUAAAACAGAGUUUGUGCCAGUGGAGGACGAGAGGAAAAGGAGAAGAAGGGAAAGGAAUAAAGUGGCAGCUGCAAAGUGUCGAAAUAAAAAAAAGGAAAAAACAGAAUGUUUGCAGAAGGAGUCAGAGAAGUUGGAAUCUAUUAAUGCGGAACUGAAAGCUCAGAUUGAAGAACUAAAGAACGAAAAGCAGCAUCUUAUCUACAUGCUGAACCUCCAUCGACCUACCUGCAUAGUCCGAGCACAGAACGGGAGGACACCAGAAGAUGAGAGGAACCUCUUCAUUCAGCAGAUUAAAGAAGGAACCCUCCAGAGUUAAACACCAAGGGAAUGAACUAAGAAACCUACUUAUGUAUUACAAGUAAAACUCCUAAGACACCCAGGGCCUUACAGCCUUGAUGUGCAUUGGAGAGAUUAGGUUGAUGCAGAUUUCUUCAUAAGAAGACAAGGUGUUGUGAACGAAACCUCUGCACAACUUACUUAUCAGUUAACUGGAUGAUGACUUGGAGAAAUGGCUCCCUUUGUCUGCCGGACUGAUGUUUCUGGAAGCCAUAUCAGAGUGAUAUGUUGUACUUUUGAGGGUUUUGCUAGAAUCCAUUCACAAAUAUUUCCUGUAGCAGCACCAUGUGAAUUGUUAUUUACAUAUUUACAAGUAUUGUCUAUUUUAAUGGAAGCUGACGCCUAAGUAUAAACAUUUCAGUAUUCAGAACUUAGAGUGAAAGCCUUUACUGAUCUACAAGAUACAGCCACCCAGUUCUAGUCUAUUACAGGGGAAAUGCUUCCUACCUAUGACUCAGUAAGUUCUUGAAUGGAUAUUUGUGGUAAGACACCUGCAAUAGAGUUUAGCCCUUAUGCAUUGCCUUAAAAGCCAAACCUGAUCAAUAGUAUUUAUUUGUAAUGACUGUUCUACAUUUUAAGGCAUCUAAUUGUUGAGAUUUGGUUACUUUGAGGCCACUAAAUGGUACUUUGCUGCUGCCAAACUUUGUGUUUUCAUGUUAAUUCUUGAUGUUGUGUAAUGUGUUUUGUUAGUGCACUUCUUUGUAUCUGUUUUACCCAUCCAGCUGCCUAAGCAUUUCAAGCUCUGGGGCAGAGGAAAUAAAAUAGAAAUAUAGGAGAAAUGUAUGAGGAAGUAAUAAAGGGAAUGUCCGUUAAAGGGCAGCUUAAGCAAUAAGAAAGGGCAUGUUGUAAGUGAAUGGUUUGCUCCAGUGCAAAUAUAAUUGGAUGAACUUCUGCACCAAAGCGAGCUCUUAAAUACCAGAUCUAAACUGUUUUUAGGAGCUUGCAGUAAAUUCAUGCAGCUGCUAGCAUCUUCACAAAGCUGUGUAUCAUUGUUCGGGGGAACAAUUCUUUUUUUAAAUAAAUUAUUAGUUAUAUAUGCUGGCAACAAUUUAUUUUAUUGACACUCAAGCAUUAGAGAAAGCUUCAGUUCUUUUGAGUACCAUGAAUAUACAUCUUAAAAGAAUAUUAAAGGGACAUUAAAGUCAAAAUUAAAUGUUUACGAUUCAGAUAGUGCAUAUGAUUUUAAACAACUUUUCACUUUACUUCUAUUAUCUAAUUUGCUUUUUCUCUUGGUAUCCUUUGCUGAAACGCAAACCUUAGUAGACUCGAGAGCAGCAAUGCACUACUGGGAGCUGAUUGGUGUCUAGACACAUAGGGCUCUUGCCAUUGACUCGAUUAGCUCUCAUUAGUGCAUUGUUGUUUUGGAGAUGACUUUUACUAUGGGCUAAAUUAAAAGUGAAGCGCUAAUUUAAUGUGCUGGUAUUACUGAGUGAAGCACAAAUUAUGCUUGCGAAAGCACAAUUUUGUGCUCCACUCUUAAUCUAGCCCUUUAUGUUUAAUUCCUUUACAGUAGUUAUUAAACACAUAGUUAUAUGCAAGCAAUAGUGCAAAAUGAAAAUGCUUUAACAUAUAGCAUUUUAUUUUACUUUUAUGUCCCUUUAAGUUCAGUAAAAGUUGCAUUCAUUAAAAAAAAAUAACAUUUGUAUGUUGAUGCUUGUGGACUUGAAUGAGAUUCAACAUAUAAAGGUUUCCAUUAAUUGGGACCUUUAAUUAUGUCUUUGAGAAUCGACAUCUGAAUGUUGUUGUUUUUUUUUCAUUUAAGCAUCUAUUCUACUACAUUUCAAUGUCAUAUUCUCUUCUCGGAUUUAAAUAUAUUCAUGCUUGUGUGUUCAGCAGUGCUUAGUCACCUGUGCACAAGCUGUGAUAGUUCAAUCAUUUCAUGUUUACAUUUCUUGAUUACUGGAGAGAGCUGCUCUGUAGUCUGUGGGAAUUAACAACAAAUCUCUCUUCAGAACUCUAUAAACUAUCUUUUCAUGUAAAGUGCAUUUCUAGGCCAGUGACUUCUUGAUGAAUAGUUUCCACACAUAAUCAGCACCUCAUUGAAAUAUUAUUGUCGGAUUAAUAGACAUACAAUGAACUAAAGCUGAGACUCGCCAUUUUACCACAUUGAUACAUAGCAAGUGUUUACUGCAAUGAAUCCAACUAUAGCAAAAAUAUCAUUCAAAUUUCAUAUUGAUUAGUUUUGUUUUUUUUAAACCAUAUUUUCAGUGUGUUUUAAAGUACAUUUCUUGUAAAUUUUUACCUCAAACUCGAGGUUUUUUGUUUUAUAAAUGCCUGGAAAGUAUCCCAGCUAUCAAAUUCUGAGACCUAUUUCAUUUUUAUAUUCUGCAACAGAACUUUUUUUUCGAAUAGAUUAUCAUAUGAUCUGAAUUUAUUACAAUGUCCUAUUGUCUUUCACUUAUAAAUGUUUUUUUGUUUUUUUUGAGAAUUAAAAGUCCAUAGCAUAUGAAACUAAAGUAGGAAACAUAAAACAGAAUGAUAUAAAUCAUUCUAAUCCAAAUGCCGUGUAUGUGUAUUACUUAGUGAUUCAGAGUGUUCCAAAUGUUUUGAUUGUUUAUAAUCAAAUUUUGUGCUUUGAGAAAUGUAUAAUUCAUUUUGGUAGGUGCACUGAAAAUAUUAAAAAUGGAUUGUUUUUUCUGCUUUUCUGUGCGGCUCCUACAACGUAAUAUAUAUCCAAAUAUAUUACAUGUGACGCAGGCGUCAUGUAAUUUUGUUUGGCUUUUUAUGUUAUACUCAAGUGUUUACUGGCAUGUAUGAUGUUAAUUAUGUUAGCACUAUAUAUAAAUAUAAAUAUAUAUUUUUUUCACUGUAACAUCUGCAGGUUCAAUUAUCGUUGUGGUACUUAGUUUUAAAACUCCUCACGAUAUUACAGAUGUGAGAGGAAUUGCAUGUUUUAGUGUAUGUUCACAACAGACAUACAGAUCUCUCAAAAUAAGGUACUUUAAAGCCUUUUGUUUUUCUAUAUUGAGGUUUUUGAGUUUUUAUACUUUAAUAAAUAUAUAUGAAUACAAGCAAA